CCGUCCGUCGGUCGAAUCGGUGUGGUGUGGACUCACCGUUGCUAGUACCUGGUGUACACACUUGUCAAAAUGUUGCUACGUCUGUUCCACGUGUCUGUCGCAUCGCUGUUCUUGUAUACAGUGUGGUACGACCUGAGUUACGUGAAUAUACCGUUCCCGAAUAAGGCCUAUGAGCAGUAUCCUUUAAGGGGGAGGUCAACGUUCUUGACGUUCUGGUGUUUGAUACUGCAAACAAUCUACUUCACCGUCUCCGUGCUGAAUGACUACAUCGGCACCAAUGUCGAUCACCCCAAGCAGAGCUCCAUCCUACGCUCCAUCAAGGACAAGUUGUUCAUCCUCGCCUUCCCUGUCGCUCUCUACGUCGCCUCGGCCUUCUGGGGCAUCUACGCCAUCGACAAAGACCUCAUCUUCCCUGACAAAAUAGCCAACGCCAUCCCCUCAUGGGUCAACCACACAAUGCACUCUCUAAUUCUUCUCUUCAUCGUUUUAGAACUAGUCAUAACUUAUAGAAGAUACCCGUCUAGGUUCGUUGGGUGCUCGAUCGUCGUUUGUUUCAAUUUAACGUACACUUUUUGGUUCCAUUGCAUUUAUUAUCAAACUGGGGUUUGGGUGUACCCUAUUUUGGAUGUGUUGAACUGGCCGGCUCGGGUAGGGUUCGUACUGGCCAGUAUUACUGUAGCGCUUGGAUUUUACUUGCUGGGAGAGAAGCUGAAUAGACUUGUGUGGUCGAAAGUUGAUAAGAAGAAGGUGAAGAGCAAAUGAGAUAUUGUUGGGUAACUAAAUUAUACAAAGACUGUUUUUUCUAA